CAGCGACACUCCGCUCCGCUCCGCUCCGAUCACUCCACACCUCACCCCCCCACCCCAGCUCACGCCCGCCGCCCCACCCCACCCCCACCCACCCCGCCCCGCCGCCGCCGCUCCCCGUAGAUCCGAUCUGCCCCGACCUGACCGACCGCCCGCCGCCCGAUCGGAUCCGGCCCGAAGGGUUUCCGCGGUUGGCUCAUGGUUCACGAUGGCGCCGUGAAGGACCAGCAGCAGCGGGAGCAGCAGCAGGAGGAGGAGAGGUCGCCGGAUAUCCCCGCGCCUUCUGCAUCUGCGGUGACGGAGGCCGAGUCCGGGGCAGCGGAGGCGGGGGCGGCGAGAGCGGCGGAAGCGGGAGCGGGGGAGGGGGAGGCGGCAGUAGGAGCGGGGCCGUCCAAGCCCGGGAGCGACAAGCGGCUGGGCGUGCGGCACCCCGUCAAGUACCGCCGGUUCCGGGCCAAGGGGAAGGCGAUGGCGGAGCCCGGGGUCACCCCCGCGCACCAGCCGCUGGAGGAGGAGCUGGAGUUGGAGGAGGGCGAGGGGGAGGUCGAGGAGGAGGCCUCCUCGCCCGAGCGGGAGGUGCGGGCAGGCGUCGUGGAGGUGGAGGUGGAGGUGGAGAUGGAGGUGUCCUCCGCAGCAGUAGAGAUGGAGGUGGAGGAGGGGCCCGGCAUGGACGUGUCGCCGGCUGCGGCCGUGGCCAUGGUGGACUCGGAGCACUCAUCCGAGGAGGAGGAGGAAGAGGAGGUGUCGUCAUCGCCGGUGCUGGCGCUGCCGGAGCAGGCGAGGAGGAAGCAAGGGGCUGCUGUGGCGGCUGCCGUGCCGGCUCUGGUCGUGCCCAAGGACCAGGACCUGGAGAAGGAGAAGAAGGAGAAGGAGAGGCAGAGGGAGAGGGAGAGGGUCGAUGAGGUCGGCUACAUGAGUGGCGGCUGCAAGAGUGAUGAUGGAAGUUUGAGUUGUGGAUAUUCAAGUUUUAGAGGAAAAAGGGCAAGCAUGGAAGACUUCUUUGACAUAAAAUCAUCUAAAAUUGAUGAUAAACAAAUAAAUCUCUUCGGAAUAUUUGAUGGUCAUGGGGGUUCACGUGCUGCUGAGUAUUUGAAGGAGCACUUGUUUGAGAACCUCAUGAAACACCCACAAUUCAUGUCAGAUACAAAAUUAGCAAUAAGUGAAACAUAUAAAAAAACUGAUUCAGAUUUCUUGGAUUCUGAAAUCAACACUCACAGAGAUGACGGGUCAACUGCAUCGACAGCAGUUUUGCUUGGAAAUCAACUUUACGUGGCUAACGUAGGUGACUCUCGGGCUGUAAUAUCAAAGUCGGGCAAAGCUAUUGCACUCUCUGAUGAUCACAAGCCAAACAGAAGUGAUGAGAGGAAACGAAUUGAGAGUGCUGGUGGGAUUGUUAUGUGGGCUGGAACUUGGAGGGUUGGUGGUGUACUUGCAAUGUCUCGGGCAUUUGGCAACCGCUUGUUGAAGCAAUUUGUUGUCGCGGAACCAGAGAUUCAGGAACAAGAAAUAGAUGAUGAAUUGGAGUUUCUGAUUUUGGCUAGUGAUGGGCUGUGGGAUGUGGUUCCAAAUGAGGACGCCGUCUCUCUCGUGAAGAUGGUUGAGGACCCCGAGGCGGCGGCCCGGAAGCUGACGGAGACUGCUUUCGGCCGUGGGAGCGGCGACAACAUCACCUGCGUCGUCGUCAAGUUCCAGCACAGCAAGACGGGUGGUGACACCCCUCCCAUCUCUCCCCCGGGCGAUCAAAUUUGAUUGCUUCUAUUCGUCCGUAUACAUGUUGUUGUUAGCCUUUAAAAUUUACAGCAGCUGGAUGGAUGUUUUCUCUGUUGAAUGAGUUGUAUGUACAUUGGCGGCUCGUACUAGAUGAUGACUCCCGUACAUGGUGUUAACUGGUAUACAAAUUGUGGUGCUGGUUACAUACAGUGGUA